UAAAGUCACUAUCGUUUCUGUUCUACCUACUUAACACAUAAAGUUGGAAAGUUUUAAUGGUGAAAGCAAUAUGUUGUUUCAAAUGUGGAAAGCGAAAAGUUUAUGUUUUAAAAUUAUAUCACUAAAUCUACUAAUUAAUUUUUCAGUGUCCCAGAAUUCUACAAGCGGAGAGGAUGUUCACAUUUGGAUUCAUAAAUGUACACUCAAUGUCAACUGGACCGCCGAAAAUGAUGUAAAUGGAUGUGAAUUUGAAACGUAUCACUUAAAACUAUUUCAGAAUGAUACAGAAAGACGAACAUUUGAUACAACAUCCUUGAUGUAUACCAAUGAUGGAAUCUCUUCCAACUCUGUGUACCGAGUGGAAAUCACCACCGUAAUGACCUGUAAUGGCAAUCAGUCUGACCAAAGAAUAAGGAAUAAAAGUAUCUCAACGUUCCCAGAAAUCCAAACAAAGAAUAUCACCAAAAGAGUAUCAGAAAAUACUGUAUUAGAGUGUCCUCUUACGGGAGCUUACCAGCCGCUGAGGUUUGAGUGGCAGCACAGGAUCGGAACAGAUGAAACCAUCGUGAGAAACUUUACUACAUCACAAGUCAGCCUCAGAAACGUAUCCUACAGAGACAUGGGAUUGUAUGACUGUACGGUACAUUACACGCUCUGUGGAAAGUCAAACGAUUUGAUGACGUCACGGAGUUUGAUGAGUUCUAUUGUGUUCCACGUUAGAGGUCCACCAUUUAUAGAUACUUCUACAGAAACUCUUAGUAUUCUACCAGGAGAAAACAUAACAGUACCGUUACAAAUAAUAUCAUUUCCAGCACCUUAUGAACAAGUAACCGUCAAAAGCCAAGGCAACAAUUAUGUUAAUCACACAGUAUAUUUCGAAAAUACAGUAGUGCCACUGAAAGCCUAUGGAAAGACCAUUGAUGUUGAAGGAUAUGUGACGAGCUUAACAAUGCUGAAUGUUUCAGAAAUGUCGUUUGGAACAAAUACAAUUACCGUCUCUAAUAGCCUUGGGCAUCAUUCGAUCAGUUUUAAAAUUCAGCGUCCGGAUGCAGAAAACCAUAUCUAUAACUUCAUAGUUAGAGUACUGAAGGAAAAUAUGUAUCUCUUGGCUGGAAUUGGAGGAGGGAUUCUUGUUUUAUUCAUCAUUGUUAUUGUACUGGUAGUUACUUGCAAGAAGAAAAGAGGAAAAAAACUGUCAUUAAACGACAAUACUGGCGAUAACAAACAAUCAGAAGUUUCAAAAAGUGAACGCUUAUAUUCCAGACCCUUUUCGUUUACCAGUAAGAAAAAAGACCAAGAUGUUCAAAAAUUGACUGAAGAGAACAUAGAAAUGGAGCAAAAACGGAGUCAAAGUAUGUUCAGUUGCGAUGGAUUUGCUGCAGAUGAGUUUCAGACGGACAAAAUAUUGUAUGAUAACGAGUUUGCUCCUGGAUUCAAAUAACGAAAAUUAAAUGUUCAAUAUUGUUGCUUCAAAUCUAAAAUGUACGUUUCAUGCUCAUAAAAUAGAAAAAGU